AUGCAUUUCGUCAACUUCAUUGCCAUGCUCGCGGUUCCCGCAAUUGUUGCGGCCACCCUCGACCCAGCUUCUUCGAACUCCAAGGGCUACAAGCCGAGCAGCCUGAACUGCAGCGCUGCCAAGGUCUCUAAGGCGAUCCAGGCGGCCGAGUGCUCCCACAACACCCGCACCUCUGAGACUCAAACAUUUGCCGUCUUCGAGACUGACCACCAAUACGACUCCAACAACGGUGCUCCCUACGGAACCUGCAGCGCUUACACCUGCACUGCUCCCAGCAGCUCUGAGCUGGAGGAGGACUCAGACUACUGGGUCUUCUACUGGGGCGACGAAGGAAAGAGCAGCGGAUACGGUACGACCUGCAUCAAGAACCCUCAGACCGGAGAAUGUGGCUGCGAGAACUCUGAUGGCACUUUUGUUUCUGGGAGUGACAGCUGCACCUAA